UUUGGGUCAACAAAAAUGAGUAGUAUUCGAUACAGGAGACCACCAAUCAUAGAACGAAGAUAUGAAAGAACUCCAUCAUAUUCGACGAUUCCAAGGGAUAUUCAUGUCUCAUUCUACCAUAAUAACUAUCACAGAUCAAAGAUUUUGUAUUUGAAUAAGUUCAACGCAAUGGAAAAAUUAAUUGAAGCUGCACACGAAUUGUAUCCAUCAAAUGGUGUUUAUCGUCUAUUUUCGGAUAGUACAAUUGGUGCUCAAAACGAGUUGAAUGAUUCAGUGCAAGUUAUGGAAUGUGUUCAAAAUCCUGAUCAUAUUCUUCCACAUCUACAUAUAAGACUGGAAGAUUACCGUCCCAGAAGCAUAAGCCGUAAUUAUCACGAAGUUAACGUUCCAAUAAUUCGAACUCCAUCUCAACAUUCAAUCCAUCAAUCUGUUCGAUUCAACGAUAACAAACGUCAUCACCAUCAUCAUCAUCAUGAUUCAAUAAGAAACUUCGUCCAUCAUGACACUCCAUGCCGAAACUGUUUCCGUAUAAUUGUUGGAAGCCGUUAUCACUGUCUUCAAUGUCCAGACUAUGAUAUUUGUGGAGACUGUGAAAAAGAUUUGGUUCACUACGAGCAUGCUCUUCUACGAAUUGUGACUCCAAGGGUUACAAGUAUUCCUGAUUAUGUCACAGUUAACGCCCCAAGUUACAUUUUCCCAGAACAUCGUUAUGAUAUCAAAAGAGAACAUUAUCAUUGGUUUUAAAUUGUAUUUUAUAGUUUUGUUGUUUUUCCUAUUUAUGUUGUGAACUUAGUUUUUCUGUCGGAUUUCUGUCCUAUCUUGUUAUACUUAAAAAGACCAAAAAAGUUAUGUAAUUGCA